ACAGACGCUCUGCGCUGUCACUGCGCUUGCGGCAACUCUAUGGUGUUCCGUCUAUCUCUAUGGUCCCGUGGCCGCAUCGGUAUCCUGUGUUAGCAGAGGAGCAAUUGGACAUGGGGGAGGGUUUGGGGAGGGCUGGGAUGCUGUAUUGUGACAGCCAGGGUUGCAUUCCCAACAUGGAUAUGGUGGUGUGAAGCCGGGAGACAGAUUUGAGUUGUGAAAUCAGCAGUGAGAUGGGAGACACCAUGGUGGAACCACUGUCCUCUAAUCUCUCUGAGCAAGCCUUGCCCUUACAGAAUAAUGGCGGGAGCCCACUCUGUGUCAUCACAGAGGGUGUCAUGGAGUUAUCUUUAGUGAUAGACCCUGAUGUAGCUCAGAAAGCUUGUCAAGAUGUUCUGGAAAAGGUCAAACUCAUGCAUAGCCCAUCUGUGGAGAGCUUGGAUAAAAUAGAUGGAUGUGACUCAAGUGACACAGGUGAACUGGCAAAUGGGGGUGCAAGCAUGGAAUCGGGUCCCACUAUUACAGCCUCCAGAAUCUGUGAAGAAGAUGAAUCUCAGAUUGACAUCAAUAGUGUGAAGAAUGCCAGGAGGCGACAGAAAAACAACUCUGCCAAGCAGUCCUGGUUGCUGCGUUUGUUUGAAUGUAAACUUUUUGAUAUCUCUAUGGCCAUCUCAUACUUGUACAACUCCAAGGAACCUGGUGUCCAGGCAUAUAUCGGCAACCGGCUCUUCUACUUUAGAAAUGAAGAUGUGGAUUUUUUUCUUCCACAACUCCUUAACAUGUAUAUUCACAUGGAUGAGGAUGUUGGGGAUGCUAUAAAACCAUAUGUCGUUCACCGUUGCCGGCAAAGCAUCAAUUUUUCAUUGCAGUGUGCCUGGCUUCUGGGUGCCUACUCCUCUGACAUGCACAUUUCCACUCAGCGCCAUUCCCGUGGAACCAAGCUCCGUAAGCUUAUACUCUCAGAUGAGCUGAAGCCAGCUCAUAAGAAGCGAGAACUGCCCCCACCUCUAAGCCUAACUCCAGACACUGGUUUGUCCCCCUCCAAGAGGACCCACCAAAGGUCCAAGUCUGAUGCUACUGCCAGCAUAAGCCUAAGCAGUAACCUGAAGAGGACAGCCAGCAACCCAAAGGUGGAGAAUGAUGAUGAGGAGCUCUCGUCCAGUUCGGAAAGUCUCGAUAGGUCGUUCUCCUCCCCAGUGCGGCUUGCUCCAGAGAGGGAGUUCAUCAAAUCUCUCAUGGCCAUCGGAAAACGUCUCGCCACCCUCCCCACCAAGGAACAGAAGACCCAGCGGCUCAUCUCUGAGCUCUCGCUGCUCAACCACAAGCUUCCAGCUCGUGUCUGGCUGCCUACUGCCAGCUUUGACCACCAUGUGGUACGGGUACCUCACACUCAAGCUGUUGUUCUGAACUCCAAGGAUAAGGCCCCAUACCUUAUUUAUGUAGAAGUCCUUGAGUGUGAAAACUUUGAGACGUCUACUGUCCCUUCUCGGAUCCCAGAGAACCGAAUCCGGAGUACAAGGUCUGUGGAGAACCUUCCAGAGUGUGGCAUAACUCAUGAACAGAGAGCUAGCAGCUUCACUACUGUCCCAAAUUAUGACAAUGAUGAUGAGGCAUGGUCAGUGGAUGACAUUGGAGAGCUUCAGGUGGAGCUACCUGAGCUUCAUGCUAAUAGCUGUGACAACAUCUCCCAGUUUUCAGUGGACAGUAUUACGAGCCAGGAGAACAAUAAGGAGCCUGUCUUUAUAGCAGCUGGAGACAUCAGGAGACGUCUUUCAGAACAGUUGGCCAGCACACCAACAACCUUUCGCAGGGACCCAGAAGAUCCUUCUGCUGUCGCCCUUAAGGAGCCAUGGCAGGAAAAAGUCAGAAGAAUAAGAGAAGGCUCACCCUAUGGCCAUUUCCCCAACUGGAGACUCCUGUCUGUAAUUGUAAAAUGUGGGGAUGACCUUCGUCAAGAGCUGCUAGCAUACCAGGUUCUGAAACAGCUCCAGUCCAUCUGGGAGCAUGAACGGGUACCUCUGUGGAUCCGGCCUUAUAAGAUCCUGGUGAUAUCUGCAGACAGUGGAAUGAUCGAGCCAGUGGUGAAUACAGUGUCCAUACAUCAAGUGAAGAAGCAAUCACAGCUGUCGCUGCUUGACUACUUCUUACAGGAACAUGGAAACUACACCACUGAGGCCUUCCUUACAGCACAGCGCAACUUUGUUCAGAGCUGUGCAGGAUACUGUCUGGUCUGCUAUUUGCUGCAGGUCAAGGACAGACACAAUGGAAACAUCCUGCUUGAUGCUGAGGGACACAUUAUCCAUAUAGACUUUGGAUUUAUUCUCUCCAGUUCCCCCCGAAAUCUUGGCUUCGAGACCUCUGCCUUCAAACUGACCUCAGAGUUUGUUGACGUGAUGGGAGGACUAAAUGGUGAUAUGUUUAAUUACUACAAGAUGCUGAUGCUACAGGGUCUGAUUGCUGCUCGCAAACACAUGGACAGAGUGGUGCAGGUCGUCGAGAUUAUGCAGCAAGGUUCCCACCUACCCUGUUUCCACGGUUCAAGCACUAUCCGCAACCUUAAGGAACGAUUCCACAUGAACAUGACAGAGGAACAGCUUCAGCUCCUUGUAGAACAGAUGGUGGACGGGAGCAUGAGAUCCAUAACCACCAAGCUGUAUGAUGGUUUCCAGUACCUGACCAAUGGAAUAAUGUGACCCCCCCACUCCUACACCUGUACUGACUUUGUGGAAAGCCCACUAAACCACCCUCAGUGCUGGUAGCCAGGCGUAGGUGCUGCCUCUUUCCUUCCACCCUUUCUUUUUAUAACAUGCUAUCAGGACAGGAGUGGGUGUUGAGUGAGCAUCUGUGACUGGCAUGGACCAGAUUGGGGUUUUACAUGGAUAUUACUAUUAUUGAGGGAUGGAACAUUGCCUGGUUCUUUGCUGGAGACAAUAACCAUUUUCAGCCACAGUAGAUAAAUAUGCGGAUAUUCUUCCCCAUUCAGUAUUUUUUACUCAAAUCCUCAGUGUUCAGCAGUUGCUGUAUUAGCAUCCUCCAGCCUUCAAAAUCAUGCUUCUUGGCUUUGGCCCUGUCGAUUACAUGAAAUUAAGUCAUUCUGACCUUUUCCUGACCCUCGUGUUUAAGACGUAUAACUGAGGUGAACUAGAGUUGUGCCUCACUGUCCAUCCCCUACACUUUGGUCCUCCCUGCCACUAACGUGAGAAGAUGAUGUUUGGAAAGGGAAGGUGUUAAACGGUGUGACUUCUUUGAACUUCCACACAAUACUGUGUGUAAUGUAUGUCAACUAAAUUGUAAUUAUUUGUCAUACCAACCUGUGACCUACUAAUGUAUAUAAGGGCAUCAAUCUAUUGCUAAAAAUCUCUUCCUGCUUUAAAAUCCUUUAUUUUUAUUUUGUGUUUAAAUGUGUGAAUAUUUCUUUUUUCCCAUUCUUUGACCAUCACUGAAAAAUAUAAAUCUUGAUCUGCCAGGGCUAUGGGGUAAUAGAAUUAUGUUGCAUUUGCCAUUGGUAGUAAAAGCUAACUUGGCUGUAACUAAAAAUAAUUAGUUAUAUUUCUGUGUAAUUAGCACUGUCCAGCUUAAAAAAAAUCUGUUUAAGAUAUUCUUUUUUUAUUUAAUUGAUUUUAUUAUGAACCAAAAAAAAAUAUUCUGUUUUUGAGUAUUUCUCCGGACUCUGUUUCUGAACUCUUGUGUACAGGAACAUAGAAGCCUUUAAAUAAAAAGACCCCCAGCACAGCUUGUCCUAACUGUAAGGAUAAAGGACUCUGGUUUAUCAGUCCUGUGUUUUGCUAAAUUUAAGGUGGAGGCACAUUACACUACAUCAUUAGAGGCCACGUCUUUACAAUAGGACUGCCCCCAAGGACCAGCAGAAAACACAGACCUCCAAAUAUAAGGGGGCACAACGUGCAGGGUCACGUCGCUCCUGUUUUUGGGGAGCGAAGGAUCUUUUUUAGGAAAUGUUGCGUCUUGAAUGCUUUCAUGUCAACUUUAUAUUAAAAUGAGAUAAUCCAA